AUGUUAAUUGUUCGUCAAAUUUCUUCUCGCCUCGGCGCAAUUUGGGCCGUGGCUCUUGCCGUCAGCGAAGAUGUUACAGUUAACAACUUCAAAGUGGGAAUUUUAGCCAAAGAUCAACAACCAGAUGCGGAGAACUUGAAAACUGUCGCCAUCUUCUCCAAACUCUCCUCUGGUCUUACUGCUGACGCUUCUCAACGCCUCUACGUCUCCUUCAACGUUGUCAAGAAAGCAGAUAACGCGAAAGUGAAGCCACAACAAGUAUUCCUCCGAUUCGUCGCUCCUUCUGGUGAAGACGUGGUGCUCGUCGUGAAUCCAGAUGCUAACGGAAAUUACAUUUACGACUCUGUCCUCCGUACCGCCGCCAAAUCCUUCCGCAAUUUGAGUGGACAGUUCAAGAUCAGUCUUUUGGUUGGAGAUGUCACCAUCAAGAACUCAAUCAACUGGCAGUUUGCUGACAUUGACGCCGCUCUCCCAACUGCUUACGAGCCAACACCAAAGUCGCAGCAAGUGCGUUAUGAGCCAAUGGAGGAGAUCACCCACGUUUUCCGUCAACCAGAGAAGCGUCCACCAGCCUUGAUUUCCGAUUUGUUCACUAUUAUCGUUCUGGUUCCAUUUGUUAUUCUAUUCACCUUGUGGGCUCGAAUUGGAAUCAACUUACAAAACGCUCCAGCCUCUGCAUUCGUUCCAAUCUUCCAUAUUGGUCUCGCCGGAAUCUUCGGGCUCUACAUUCUUUUCUGGAUUCAAUUCGAUAUGUUCGAAACUCUCAAAUAUCUCUCGGUCCUCGGAUUCCUCACAUUUGUCGCCGGAAACCGAGUGCUCCGAGCCAUCGCGGAAGCAAAACAAAAGUCCGAAUAG